AUGGAGAAACUUCGAGCAUGCAUAGAACAGCGUGUCCCGGUUAAACACAUUCAUAUACCAGAUGAGCUCACUGAUUACACCUCACAAUUAGAGCUUGUUGAGUUUCUUAAACCGCAAGUGGUGAAUAAUCCGUUGUACUUUAAGAGCUUCCUAUCACAAUAUAUACAACGUAUUGAGGUGUUGUCGCAAGAGACAUCAGACGAAAUAUAUGAUCUAUUUGUUGAUGAGCAAAUACUCAAUGCAAAAGAGUUACCACCAGAUGUAUCAGAUGUAAUUAAAUACCAUGUAAAUGGGUUUAACAACAUUGGUUCUAGCGCUGAUGAUAUGAUAGUCAUGAAGGAGAUGCCUAGGUUGAUAUCUGGAAACAACACGACAGGGUUGCGUACCUGGGAGGCAGCAUUGUUCUUGGCAAAUAUGCUCAACGACGAGAAGGCUCGCUCUACAUUCCUAUCCUGUGACUUGGCCAACAAAACAGUGGUUGAGUUAGGAUGUGGAACUGGGUUACUUGGGCUAUCUUUAGCAAAACAUUGCCAUAAGAGGUCGCCGUUGCAUAAGAUUAUAAUGACCGAUGGAUCUACAGCAGUAUUUGAUAAUCUACAGGAGUCAUUGGAACGAAACAAUUUGCUGGAGUCAAACGUGCUUCAAUUUCAACAACUAAUCUGGGGUGAGCCAUUGACUAUCAAUGGUAAUGUGGACCUUAUAAUUGCAGCUGAUAUAACUUACGAUGUGGGAGUGUUUGAGACGCUAUGCAAUACUAUAAAUGACUUUUUCACACUCAAAAAUUUGCAAUUUGCAAUAAUUGCAGCCACAGUAAGAAAUGCAGAGACAAUUAAUUCGUGGGAAAAUGAGUUAGAUAAGUGGUUUCCCAACAGAUGGGAAACCGCAGUCGUUGAAUCGCGCCCAGGUUCAAUUUCAGCAAAUUGUUAUUUCGAUGUAAAUACUCCAGGGAUACGUGUAUACAUUAUAAAACUGAUCUAA